ACGUAUCAGGCAAUGGCAAGGAGCAUCGCAUGCGCCUAAUGAGCUGGGCAAUGCCGAAAAUUGAUAAAGUUAACCUCACUCAUCACGCAAUCGCAUUUUAAAACUUGAUAUUUUUCCGAAUCUAUGACAUGAGUGAAUUGUAAUAAAUUAAAAGAAUGUCUGCAAUAGCAUCCAAAGCGAUGUUUGCCGUUGGACGAUUAGUUCAAUCCCAUGCAACACUGGUCUACACACAGACAUUAAAGGCGGCACCAUGCUUCCUAUUCGUGAGACAUCGUACCACCAAGCAUUGGAACCCAAAGUGGAAAAAGUUACGAAAAGAGAAAGUUAUGAAGGUAAAACUUCCUAAUUUUAAUCAAAAGCCUGAAGAUAUGACUCCGGAAGAACAACGAAGCAUGAUGAGAGAACGUGGCCUAGAAAGGCCAAGAGUUUGGAAUGAACGACCUAUCUAUCUCAGCUGCACUGGUGGCAUAUUUGAACCUUAUGUUCCUCCAGAGGGAGAUGGAAAGUUUUCUGCAAUUUCUACUACAGGCGCUAAACAAAAGGUCGAGUUUGUUCAAAAAAAAGGCUCGUCGAUCAUGGCAGUUAGGAAAAUGAGGAACUAUGAAGAAGAAUUAAAUUUGAAGACAUUUGCUGAAGAUGCACGAGAAAUUUAUAUCAAAGCACAUGAAGCAUUGAAUGUUAAAAACAAACUUGAACUGAGGCAGCUUGUAACUGAACGGGCAUACCCUGAGAUGUUACACAAUACACACAAUAAAACCAUACACUGGAAAUUCAUCCAAUCUUUAGAGCCAAGUCGAGUUGUGCAAGCCAGGUGUACAGAAGUGAUAACGAAAGACAACGUUUUUGGUCAGCUUACAGUACGGUUCCAUACUCAACAGGUAUUGGCUGUCUACGACAGAUUUGGUCGUUUAUUGCAUGGCAGUGAAUUUGUGACGAAAGAUGUUAUAGAAUAUAUAGUUUUUGAGAAGCAUUUAUCAAACCAAUAUGGUAUUUGGCGUCUUCAUGACAAGAUCAUACCGACAUGGAUGCCUCCAAAAGAGCCAAGCAGAAAAACUUUUGUAAGCAAAGUGGGUCCCAUCGAUCCUGAUGAAGUCAAUGCUGUUCAGACUUCCGCUUAGAAUUUGUCAUAAGAAAUUGUAUUGAUGUAAGAAUCACGGAACAGUUAUAUUUGUCGUAAUAAAAUGUAUAGCCAAAUGUG